UCCUUACCCAAAAAAAUAAAGCUCUUCCUACAAAGGGAAAAAAAAACAGUUAAAAUUCUUUCCAAAAAUACAGCUAAUUGUUGCUACAAGCAUAUGGAGAUCUUCUCAGCAAGCAUCCGAGAUUUGUGGAACAAAUGGGAGCUCCGUGUGCUUGUUUUACUAAGCAUGACAUGGCAGGUUCUUCUAAUCAUAUUUGGCUCGAGAAGGAAAUAUGCCAGUGGCAGCUUCAUCAGUGCCCUUGUUUGGUUUACAUACUUAUCAGCUGACUGGUUAGCCACUGUUUCGCUUGGGAACCUUGCCAACAGCCACGGUGCUAUCUCAAACGCCGUUGCGCUGCAAGCGCUGUGGGCCCCUUUUCUUCUCUUGCAUCUUGGUGGCCCUGACACAAUCACUGCUUAUGCCUUGGAAGACAACACCUUAUGGUUAAGGCACUUUCUUGGUCUGCUAGUCCAAGUUGGAGUGGCCUUCUACGUCUACUUAAGAUCUUGGAGUACCUCACCUCUAACCUUCAUAGCCAUACCGGUCUUCAUCUCCGGACUUAUAAAGUACUCAGAGCGCACUUGGGUUCUCAGAUUCGCUAGCCCUGCCCAAUUCGAAGACUCUCUUAUCUCAGUUCCAACUCUGCAGGCCCAGGCCAUGGAUUUCACACCACAUCAUGAUUCUGAUGAGCUAGAAUUUCUUCACAAAGGAUACUCUUUGUUUCCCAUUCUCAAGCGUUUAUAUGCGAAUCUAAGUCUUCGGUUCGCAGAAGGUCGACGAAGCCAUUCCUUAAUAGUAAAGAAGAUCGAGGAUAAUAAUGUACAACAACAGAGUCAUUUCGCCUUUAAAGUGGUUGAGGUCCAGCUGGGAUUCCUUUAUGACUUAUUGUACACCAAGGCACCUGUAAUUUACUCUUUACCAGGCCUUAUUUUCCGAUUUUUCAGUGUUUUCUCCAUGGUAUCUGCUCUGGUAGCAUAUCUGUUCUUUAUUAACUCUCAUAACUAUUAUUCUGAUCUUGAGAAUCUUGACUACUAUGUAACACUUGUUUUGUUUGUUGGGGCUAUUCUGCUUGAGGUUUAUGCGCUUGUUUCACUUAUUUUUUCUGACUGGACUAUCCGCUGGCUAAGCAAUAAGAACAAAAGCAAAAGCCUACUGCAGAACUCCAUAAUAAACUGGCUUUUGCGACAAAGGAGGUGGGCAGGAAAAGUGAGUCAACAGGAUUUGCUGAGCUUUUGCACGAAGAGGAGGGUAGCAACAUAUGUUGGAAUUGACUUUCUUUUCAGAAUCUGCUUUGGCAUUGAAUUGUACUGGCAAAGGACUUGGAAUCCUGUAGAAAAUGAUUUAAAGGAGUUGAUCUUUAGCAAUCUCCUAAACAAACACAAGACUCUUGAUAAAGAGUUAUUCGAUCAUAAUGCUCUCAAGGAAUUGCUUUCAUUUAAAAGUAAUGUGCUCAGAAACCAUAACUUUUCCAAAAAGAUCAAAUGGAGCAUAGAACUUGAAUUUGAUCACUGCCUCCUUGUUUGGCAUGUGGCAACUGGUGUUUACUACUAUUCUACUCCAGAGGAGGACCAAGACGAGGGCGGUAAUAAAAAAGAUCGCAAAAUGAGCAAAAUGCUUUCAGAUUACAUGAUGUAUAUUCUUCUCAUGCGUCCAUUCAUGCUGCCUAAAUGGAUUGACAGGGUUUCGCAUGUUCGGGAUACCUUCAGGGAAGCCAUAAAGAUAUUGCAGCAGGGGCAGUUUCAUGUAAGGAAUGGUGCCGAUGCAGCAAGGAUGCUGGUUCAAACGCACAGACGAACUUAUCAACCACUCAAGCAACUCAGAAGAAUGAAUGACAAGUCUGUUUUGGUGGAUGGAUGUCGUCUUGCUUCACAGUUACAAAGUCUUGGAUGCUCGUGGAAGAUGAUUUGUGAGGUAUGGAUAGAGAUGUUAACUUAUGCCGCAAAUCAGUGCGAGUGGGGAUCGCAUGCUCAGCAACUUCGCCGGGGAGGAGAACUGCUCACUCAUGUUCGUCUUCUCAUGGCGGAACUUGGUUUAAGUGAACAAUUUGAUGCUGGGAUGCAGGGGCCUCCAACAAGAAGCCAACAUGAGAGUGGAUCUGAUGAUGAUGUGUAAUAGGUAAAUUAAAGUGAUAUGAGAAGCUCACUUUCAUGUUAUAUAAAAUAAAAAUUAUAGAUAAACAAUAAAAAUAUUAAACAAUAUGAACAAUAAAUAUAUCGGAUGUUAAUUUCACUAGGUGUACGGAUGAUUAUUUUUAAUAUUAAAAUUUAGAUAGUUAA